UAGGAAACGGCUAUUACAGAUUAACGCUAUAUAAACUUAAGAAGUUCUUGAAAUUGCCAAUUUGCUAAAUGCUUAUGGUACUUAGCUUACAGUCGAUAUUGCAAAUAGUGCCGUUGCUGUAUUGUGUAUUCCUCAUAUCAAAUAUUUUUCAUUCAAUAGUGAUAGCCUGAAAGUUUUCGAUUAAUUUUUAAAAUGCAGCCAGAAAUGGCAACUAGUAGUAAUUCGCAGUCCAAAAAUCCGCUUUAUUCUUCAGCAGUCAAGGGAUCUCAAAUGGAUAGUUUGAUUGAUGAUUUUGAAACGGUAGAUACUGAAAUGAUUGAACCCUCUGAGGAUAAUACCAUCAAUAUAUUGAUCAUAGGAGAAACUGGAGUAGGCAAAUCUACUUUUAUCAAUGCUUUUGCCAAUUAUUUGAGAUUUGAUAAUUUGGAUCAAGUUGAAAAAGAAAAUCCUUUAGUUUUGAUACCUUGCAAGUUCACAGUCACUGAUGAAAAUUACGAAUUGCGGGAAAUUUCCAUAGGAUCGGACUCCAAUGAGCAUAAUAAUCUUGGUGAAUCAUCGACACAAGAUCCCAAAAAUUAUACUUUCCCAAUAAGUGGUGGUGAAAGAUUUAUUCAACUCAUAGAUACACCUGGAAUUGGAGACACUCGUGGUAUCGAUCAAGACACAAUAAAUUGUCAAAAAAUUAUUGAUUACAUAGCUCCUCUUAAAAUGAUACAUGGUAUCAUGUUUUUGAUGAAGCCCAAUAGUAGCAAGAUCACUGUACUUUUUGAAUUCUGUAUGAAGCAGAUCCUCUCUAGAUUGGAGAAAUCGGCAAGUAAUAACCUUCUCUUUGUUUUCACGAAUACUCGUGGUACAUGCUACAGACCUGGGGAAACUCUUCCUUGUUUGAGGAGGGUUUUGGAAGACAUAAGUGAAAGACCUCCUUAUGUAUCUAUUCCACUUAGCAAAGCAAAUAUAUUUUGUUUGGACAAUGAGGCUUUCCGAUAUUUAGCAGCAAUUGCUGAUGGAAUAGGCUUCACUGAAAGAGAAAGACAAUAUUUUGUAGAGAGUUGGGAUAAAUCUGCUGAAGAAUCUUGGAGAAUGAUUAUUCAUAUCAUUGGAGAUGAUGUAAAGAAACCUUUAGAACCUCAUAAAGUAGCAGAUACUAUGUGUGUUAAUGAAGCCAGAAGUCUUAUUAAUCAAUUGAAACAACCAAUGGCAGAUAUUACACAACUUAUUCAAGAUCAACUGAGAGUACUAAAAAAGCAAACGGAACUCUUGCAUCUUAAUGAUUUGGAUAUAAAUGAUUUAAAGAAAAAUUUAGUCGUCCCUAUCAUUGACAUUGAAUCAGAAGAAUUGGCUCAACCUGUUACAGUGUGUACCAGUGCCAAAUGUGCUCAAAUAUACAUGGUGCGCAAUGUGAAGAAGUGGCAUUAUGGACAACGUUGUCAUAAUCCAUGUUAUCUUAACAAUGUUCCCAAAGAAUUGAUUGGUGCUCCAGCUCUGGUCCUUUGUGAGGCAAUGAAUAGUAAUAAAAUGUGCAACCUAUGUGGAUGUGUUUUCUCCACCCAUAUGCAUAUUUAUUAUGAAAGUAAAACAGUUGAUAAGACGAUUGAAAAUGAUCAUGUCAAGCAAAGUAUAUUGACUAAGGAAGAAUUGAAAAGAGAAAAACAGAGAGUAAUUGACAAAAUGAAUCGAAUGAAAGAUGAGCUAGAAGAUGAACACAAGGCUAUUAUUAUUUGUAUUGCAAAAUUUGCUAAUUUCCUUCAACAAAAUGCUAUUACCCCUUACAAUGAUGUUUACAGGCAAUACAUCGAAUAUUUGAUAGAUUUAGAAAAAUCCAAUGGCGAAGCUGCAGAUCUAACCAAUAUAGCAUAUUUGAAGAAAUGUCAAUAUGAAUAUGAUGAGGCUAAAAAAGUUUUCGAUAAUGCUCUCAACAUUGAAAACCAAACAUAUGGUAUGAUCACUCCUGAAUCUAUAAAAGGAAGUGUCGAUGAACUUUUCAAACUCAAACACACUGGUAAAAAAAUACAAAAGCUUUACAAAUCCCAAUUUACUGCAAUGAAUGCAGAAAGGACGAAUAAUUAUAAACAAUAUGCUGUGAGAAAAAAUCAUAAAAAGGAAGGAAUCAUCAGCAAUUAUGGAAGACGACUCAAAAACUAUUUUGUUGGUGGUGGACAAACAAGUUGCGAGGAGUCUGAAGAAAACAAUUUUGAUAAGAAGAAGAAUGAAUCAAACUACAGAGGUGGUAAAAAAGAAAAACAGUUUGAAAAGCAAAUGAACUUUAUGCAACAAGAAGCUUCUGCUGCGUUGACCUAUGACAUGAAAAAUUUGUAAAUAGAAAUUUUACUUUUACUUUUUAUAAUUGAACAUAUUUUUUUUUUUAUUCAUCUUCAAAGUAUUUUAAGCAUUCAUUUUCAUUUCAUAUAUUAAUUCUUAACAUACAUUCACAGAACAAACUACCUAACAAAUAACUGAAAUUUCUUAUUUUAGUUAGGAAACACCCUGUAUAUUAUCAUAAUAAGUUUGUUUUUAUAAUUCUGAUAAAUUUAUAUCAAUAUAAUUUACCAUUCCA